AUGGGUAUCUUGAGGAAAGCUAUCAUGGGUUCUGCCGCAGCUUACAUGGGCACAAAGGAUGGUAAAGACGACAAGAAGAAUUCUCAAAAUCAGUCACCCAACUCUCCACCACCUCAGCAACAGCCUUAUUACCAACCAGGCUACCCACCCCAAAACCAAUAUGGCCAGCCUCCAUAUGGCCAGAACCCGUACAAUCAGCCUCCAAACGGUCAACCUCCAUAUGGUCAGCAGCCUCCAUACAACCAGAACAACCAGGGCCCAAACUCCUUCACCUCACCACAUAACCAGCAGGGAUAUGGGCGCAACGACCAAGGAUAUCCACCCCAGCAGUACAACCAACGGGGCAUGGAGGAUCCAAUGAAUAAUGGUGGCUCAAGACCCAUGCAAUCUUCUCCUCCCCCCUACCAGCACAACUCUGCCUAUGACAAUCGCGACGAGAAGUCUCCUGCAUACCCCUCCGGCCAGGGAAAAUAA